UAUUUCUGUAUAAUUUUUUAAUUUGUGUCAGAAACCUACACAAAAUCAAAGAUUGCAUUGGACUGGUUCGUCCCAAGAGGCGGGAGCGGUUGGUGCUGUGCGACCACCAAAUACACAUCUAAUACUGGGUGUGGCGGUAUGUAUGGCAACACUAUUUCGUUUAUGGAAAAAUAGUUGAACUCGGCCAUUUUCUUUUUUUGAAGGUGGGGUGCAUAUAUGCAUUUGAAAAUUUCCCUCGAUUCGGUGCUUCAACGAGUCUUUCAUUAUUGGACUUGCUCGGUCCUGUGCAUCAACACACAAUUACUGAGACUAAGUCCUCGUAUUAAUAAUAUUAUUUUCACCAACGUGGCACCUAGGUCCCUGAAUGCGGGGGGGUCAAGGGCAAGAUGUCGCAGACACCAGAAUUUAACACUUCCAAGCAAACUAGCGAGAGCGUCUCCUCAAGCUCGUCUUUAGUCAACGAUACUGGUCAUCCUCGCUUCGCCUUCGUCCAUGAAAAGAAUCAGCCAGGAGCACGUACUCAUGCUAUGCGAUCACACUGGCAGGAUCGACGUCGACGAAAACAGGAGGAGAAAGCGCAUGAUCGAGCAAGAAGACCGUUGCGUUCCAAAUCCGACUCUUCAGCUGACUUAUUGGCGUCUGCGAGUACUGGUAAAGAUUCCGACGUGAAAUACACCAUCGGAAACGCCCCGACGCUGGGAAAUAUCCAAGAUUUGGAACUCUACCGCUUCUCCACUAACCCAUUCAGUGUCACUGAACAGCAGCAACGGCAAUAUACCUCAGAAGAAAGGGAUCAGAUGACAUUAAUUCAAUCCGGUUUGUUACAAGGCAUCCCAACUCAGUUCCUGACUGGAGCGAACCAUGCCUUGAGCUCGUCGAGAUUGGACCCUUUUGAUGUUUUCCCGGUGGCUCUUACUACCCAACACCAUAAACUAAUUCAUCACUGGCUGUCCACGCAUGCAACAAUGAUGUUCGAGGAGAUGCCUGCCUCGGAUUUCAACCCCAUGAAAGACGUCUGGUUUCCUCUUGACCUUUCUAAUGCCGCUUCGUUCAAUGUUAUAAUGGCUCAUUCCGCAGCGCAUCUAGCCUACUACUAUGGCGGAAUGACCCCUACUCGUGGAACUAAUUCCUCGGAAGCUUUGAAAUAUAAAACGAAAGCUGUUGAAAUACUCAGUCAAUGGCUAAAUGAUCCGAAGCUGGCGUUGGGUAACGAUGCAUUCGCGGCUGUUGUGCGGCUUCUCACAUUCGAGAGAUAUUGGGGCACCGAAGCAGAGUGGCAGGUCCACCGGGACGGACUACAGCGUAUGAUCGAAGCGAGAGGAGGCCUCCAAGAACUCCACGAUGACUGGAGACUGGAAUUGGUGGUGGGACUGGUCUCACUUAUGUCCCAACCGACCUGGUUUUCCCCCACGAACGAUAUUUCCGGCAUCUCGUCCCCGAACCUCCAGCAAAUGACAAUGAUCAGUGAUAUCAAACGCCUGCGCUCUUUGUGGCUCAUAUCUUUCAUUCAAGAUAUGCGCAAUCUCAUGAGCAUGUCAUUGCAACUAUACCGAGAUGGACUUUCGACCUUCCCUGCUUUGUAUAAUGCAGUCUUAUUCAUUCAGUCAAACUUUGACAUGGAUUUCACCUUUUCCUCAUCGUCCUCUUCUACCUCGAAGACAGAGUACUCUGUCUUAGACUACGACAGACUUGUGUCGUUAUUUUCCAUCUGUAUUAUAGUGCAGGAAUCAGUGUCUUCAACUUUUGUCGUGCCAACCCUUACAACCAGCGCCAGCAACAACAAAAAUGCGCUAGCAUUGCUCGACAUGUCGCUCUUUGCAGCCCCAAAUGCAUGGCAAACCUCUGUCCACGCCUUACGAUCUUUUCUUCACACACAUUUCCUCCAAUUCUAUGUUGCCGGCGCGCAGAAAAUUAACUAUGUCAUGCAAAUGACAGAUAUCAUCAGCCAUUUGAGCCUCGAGGCACAUCGAGGUAUUGAGAAAUGUCUGAUUAAUAUAUUAUGUCGGACGAGAGAAGGAGGGAUGGUUUACCGUGCGGAUGACGGUGCGACGCCGGAUUCGUUGUUGUCUUCUCUGCAUGGGCAGUAAUUUUCUUUACUUUGUUCUGAUUAUUAAACAGAAAUCUAUAUCACUUCGGUCUUUGUCUUUGUCUUGGGGUCUGCGGAAUGUAGCUAAACUAACAUUUUCGGCAGAGUCUCAGAUUGUAUGCAAUAGCACAUUCCGACCAUUAUUGUGUCCAUUUGUGGUGAUUAUCCUCUCUCUAAAAUGGGCAGUUUGGUGAACACGUGAUACCAGAGCCUCAAGAUGCCUCGGGAACUGCUCGGCAAAGAUCGGGAAGCAUUUUGUUAUAGCACCUAGAGUCACAUCUGGGAAAAAAUGCA